AUAUAAUUUUUCCAAAAGAGUUAAAUUGAUACAAUACUAAAUGUUUUAUGAAAACUGUUAAAAUAAAGAUUCCAUAGUAGAAAGUUUGGAGAUGGAAAAAAUCAAAUUAAUUAACCGAUAAAAAAUAUAAACUUAACAACGAGUGCUUGCUAUAGAAAUCCAUUCAUUAUUUAAGAAUUACUCAAUUUCAUCAAUUUUACUAUAAGUCUAAUUGAUUUCUUGAGUUUUUGUAUAUUUAAAUUAUUGUUAUCUGACUUUCCCCCUAAAA